AUCAGCAGUAGCGUCAUGAAUCUGUGGCUCAGCAGUUAUUUUCUGGUAGCGGGGCUGUUUCUGAGCAGCUCGGCCCUGACGCCUGAAGAAUGCCAACCCUUGGUCAAGCCUUUGCUUCUGAUUGAACCCUCAAUGAUGUAUGGCAGGUGGAGCACUCUUGCGGGUUACGUUGAUGGUGAAGGAUUUAAUGCCAUUCUGAAGGCAACAGAGAGUGUCUCGGUGAAUGUCACUCAAUCACCAUCCAGCCCAAAUGUAGUUGUUAUAUCUGAGAAGGACAAGAUAAAUGGAACAUGUGUGGACCUAGCUUUGAAUUUAACCAUUGAUGGCAACACUGCAUCAGGAAAAUGCGUCACAGUAAAGACGCAAAAGGUGCUCCAACUGGGCGACAUGCUCUUUUCGGAACUCCACAUUCUGCCGAGCUGUGACGGAUGUUUCAUCUUGAACGUCAACACCACCGUCAGAAACCUCAACAUGUUAUUUCAGCAAUUAAACAUCAACAUGGACGUUACAGUGGGCGAGGUCAACAUUCGUGCCAUUUAUUUGAUAGGCAAAGAGACCACGCUGAAGGACUCUGAACUGGAACAUUUCAAGCAGCAGGCGAGCUGCCUCGGCUUCUCCAGAGAACCAGACUUCAUCUACGACCCCAAGAAUGGAUUCUGUGCUUAAGGCGAGGGCAUGAAGUUUCUUUUAUAUAGGCUAACUGACUAACUGAAGUCAAGAGACAAAAAGUGACUCAAAAC